AUGCAGAGGGAGGGAGGGAGGAGGAGGAGGAGGGGUGGAAUUUAUGAGGCGAUAAUCGACGGAGGCCUAGGCCUGGGCCCGGGCCUGGGGCUGGGGCUGGGGCUGGGACUGGGACUGGGACUGGGGCCGGGGCCGGGGCCGGGGCUGGAGAAGGGGAUGCAGCCGCUGGAGAGCCAGGCCUGGGGCCGCCUGAGCCGCAUCGACAGGGAGAGCGAGAGCCACAUCCUGCUGGUGAACAGCGAGUGGACUAUCGGCAGGAAAAAGGGUUGUGAUUUGUCAUUUCCCGGCAAUAAGCUUGUUUCUGGAGAUCACUGUAAAAUAAUUCGAGAGAAAACUGGGCAAGUGUGGUUAGAGGACACAAGUACCAACGGAACGGUCAUCAACAAAUCCAAAGUAGUGAAGAAACAGACCUAUCCGUUGCAGAAUGGAGAUGCCAUUUACGUUGUCUACAGGAAGAAUGAGCCAGAUCAGAAUGUUGCUUAUUUGUACAAAGCACUGAAUCCUGAAGAGGAAAACAUGGAAGACUUGAUGGGAUCCUCUUGCAGUAUGGUUGAGCAGAUUAUUAAAGAAACCUCGAGCUUGGAAAGCAACUCUGACCAAACAGCAGUCACCUCCUCAAUUUGUUCAAAACAAGUUGAACACCCUUCCCAAGAGGAGCCACAGCCAUGCACGUCUUAUUACGAUCCGUUCUGUACCUCUGGAGCAAACUCCAACACUGUUCAGCCUACUGUUUCCACCAUGGAGCCAUGUGCUUCCUCAACAGGACCUGUGCCCACUACUGCUGGACCUUCAGUGCUUGCAUGUGGACCUAAUUUCUUGGCAACAUUUUGGACUUCAUGUCCAAAGCCACCUAGCCCUCCUGUCUUAUCACCUUCUAGGACUCAGGUGAAUAUAGAAAGCACACCAGGACCUGAAACCCCAAAGUCAUCUGUUCUGGAUGCCUUGGCCAAAGAGGAGGACCUAGAACCAACCAAAAAGAAGCAGAAAAUGGAGAAUGAUGGAAUUCCAGAUACAUUGCUACUCAGUGAAGGUCAAAGUUCAAACGUCAGACAUGACGAUCAAGGGACCUCAGAAGGAAAGCAACCAGACAAAAUGGAGGAAACUCUCACCUGUAUCAUUUGUCAAGACUUGUUGCAUGACUGUGUCAGCCUUCAACCAUGUAUGCACUCUUUCUGUGCGGCUUGUUACUCGGGCUGGAUGGAGCGUUCAUCACUCUGCCCAACCUGCCGUUGUCCUGUUGAACGCAUCAGCAAGAACCACAUGGUGAAUAACCUGGUGGAGGCUUAUCUUCUGCAACACCCAGAAAAGUGUCGUAGUGGAGAUGAAUUGCAAAGCAUGGAUGCCAGAAAUAAGAUCACACACGACAUGUUACAACCUAAGAUUAAACGGUCAUUCUCCGAUGAAGAGGUCAGCUCUGAGGAUUUUCUGGAACUGUCUGAUGUCGACAGUGAAUCUUCUGAUUUUAGUCAGCCACAUAUUGUAUGCAGACAGUGUCCUGGAUAUCGGUCCGAGAGCAAUCAGUCUACUUUCUUGCCAGCUUUCAGAACAAGUGAUGCCCCAUCAACUUCUACCAGUAUCCCUGUCACUGUCCAGGACUACACCUGCCCUGCUCGUGGUCCUCACAUGAUUUGCACUUGCUGUUUUCAGCCGAUGCCUGACCGGAGGGCAGAGCGUGAACAGAACCCAACCGUUACACCUCAGCAAUGCACAAUUUGUUUACGGACCUUCUGCCACAUGUACUGGGGCUGCUCUCGAGUGGGAUGCUCUGGCUGCUUGGCAAGAUUUUGUGAUGUAAAUUUUGGAGAAAAAUGUUUGGAUGGAAUAUUAAACAACAAUAGUUAUGAAUCGGACAUCCUGAAGAAUUACCUUGCAUCUAGAGGCCUUACUUGGAAAGAGAUGCUGCAAGAAAGUCUUUUGGCUCUUCAGAGAGGAAAAUUUGUUCUUACAGAUUAUCAUGUUACAGCAAAUAUUGUCCUUUGUUACUGUUGUGGACUACAUAGCUUUCGUGAACUGGCCUAUCAGUACAGGCAGAAUAUUCCUGCUGCAGAACUUCCAGAGUCUGUAACAACACGUCCAGAUUGCUACUGGGGUCGAAACUGUCGCACACAGGUUAAAGCGCAUCAUGCCAUGAAAUUUAACCACAUCUGUGAGCAAACACGUUUCAAGAACUGAGGUUUCUCGACGUCAAAGCCAUGCAGACCCUGGAGAUGAAGGUGGACUGGAUUUGAACUUCAGAAGUUGUCUUUAGGAAUCUUUUUUUAUACAAUCAAUGUUUGAGGCUAUGGGCCAUUGUAAAAUUUAUUAUACCUAAAAGAUGAGACCAAGAUCAGCCGACUGGCAGAGAGUUUCAUCCAUUUUUCUGCCAUGUGGUAGGAAUCUUGUGCUUCAACAUUUUAAAAAAAAAAGUUCUAUAUUAAAAAGUACGCACAGUUUCAGAGCAAAGCCUGCAAAUGUUUGCUUUGCUGUAUACUACUGUAAUAUCACGUUUUCCACAUAAAAUUGAUUAUUCUUGA